AUGCAUUAUCUGUUUCCCAGACAUCCUGAGACCAGCAGACGACGCGUCCUGACCUUCUGCUCCAAGCAGGCUCUUGGAAACCACUUUCACAGCAGCCUUUUGACCCGGGUGGACUUGGAACUUGGGUUCGAGAUGCCUAGUCCUAGCGCCGAAGACGACACGAAGGACGAAGCAUACGAUUCUUGUCGUGAGUGGGGCAUUAGAAAAAACCGGUUCUGGGUCAAUUUGUCUGGUUGGUUAUUGACCCAUGAGUCAAUAAUGACAGUCAAGAUUUUACAAAUCGACUCCAUCAUGGUAAGUCCUGGACCAUUGGGAAGCACACCCGAGACCGUGCGUGGAGCAUGGCAGGCUCACCAUGUACAUACUCAAAUCACACAGUCCACAGAAGCGAGGGGAACUCGUAAGCAAUUAGGUAAUUACCUGUUCAAAGUUCCGACAAAACCAAUCGGUGCGGGUGUGGAUUGUUUACAUUAG